AUGUCAUCCUCCUCCUCAUCUAGCGCAUUACCGUCGUCCUAUUCUUCCUUGAAAGGCAAGGUUGCCAUUAUCACUGGUAGUACCCAAGGACUUGGCGAAGCGACGGCACACUUGUUUCAAGAACGUGGGAUUCGAGGACUGAUAUUGACGGGACGGAAUGUGGAACGAGGUGAAGCGGUCGCCAAGAAGAUCAAUGACAAGCAUCAGGCAGAAAAUACAGAGGCGACGGGAAAAGAUCGAGCGGUGGCGUACUUUGUCCAAGCCGAUUUGAGAAAGAUGGACGAAAUUUCCAAACUCACCCAAGCGGCCGACGAUCACUUUGGGACCCUACAUAUUUUGGUCAAUGCGGCCGCUUACACGGGUCGUGGAAGUAUUUGGGACACGACCCCCGACUUGAUGGAUGACAUGAUGGCGAUUAACCUCAAGGCACCCUUUUUCCUCAUGCAACGGGCCAUUCAAAUCAUGGAACGCGACCAAAUACAAGGCUCCAUUGUCAAUAUAUCCAGUACCGCAUCCUAUGGAAGUUUGCCCAUGUUGGCACCCUACAGUAUUUCCAAGGGUGCCUUGAAUGUAGCGACCAAGAAUGUAGCCUAUGCCGUCAUGAGAAGUCGGAUCAAGGUCAAUGCUUUGUGCAUUGGAUGGAUGGAUACACCAGGAGAAGAUGAUGUCCAAAAGGCAGUUCAUGGCAAAUCAGAUGGGUGGCUACAAGAGGCGGAAGCCCAACAGCCAUUUGGAAGAUUGCUCAAGGUACAAGAAGUGGCCCGAUGCAUUGCCUAUUGUGCAUCUGAAGAAUCUGGAAUGAUGACGGGAUGUUUGAUUGAUUUUGACCAAUCGGUGUUUGGUGGAGGACCAGCACCAUGUCCUCCUCCACAACAAGAAUGGGAUCAAGCCAAGGGAGUCAAAUAUUCGUUUGAUGAUACUAGCCACUGGUGGUAG